AUGGCGGCGCGGUGCGGGCGGUCCGUGCCCGAGGCGGCGAUGGCGGCCGAGCGGCCGCGCAGUCUGUUUGAGCUGAGCGCGGUGGCCGUGAGCCGCAGCAUGGCCGCCCUGGAGCGGGACGUCUGGGCGCUGCCCGGGCACCUCCUGCGGGGCCUCCUGCCGCUCCUCACCGUCUUCCAUCUCGAGCGGGCCGAGGACGCCGCGCGGAGAGCAGGCCUCUCAACACAGCCCAUCUGGCGCAAGCUGUGGGACGAUGUGAUGAAAACCAGGCCACCCAACUCAGAGAGCAUAACAUGCUGGAGGAAGAAGUUCCUUGAAACAUUCUUCUCCAACGUCCUCCAUGGUGUCUUGGAUGUUUCCUCUGACUGGCGCCUCAACGACCGUCACUUUUCGCCGCUGCUCCACAGCUCCCCGCACGUUUCCCAGCUCACCCUCUGCAACAUGCUCCAGGGGGCCGUGGAACUCACUGCCGAGCACAACCACAAAGUGCUGGAAAACCUGGCUGGCUCCCUGCGGAUCCUGAAGUUCCAGCACCUCCUCUCCUGUGACCAGUCCGUCAAGCGCUCGCUGAUUUUGCUCCUUCACCGGCUGAUCCACCACGGCUCUGUCAGCCAGGUGUCCAUGUAUUCCUGGCCUGUUCCUGACACGGUUCUUCUUGUUCUCAUCCUGACCAUGAGUGCUGGGUUUUGGCGCUCGGGAAAUGCCCUUGCCUGUCACAGCAGCCUGUGCGGCCUUUGCAGAGAGGAGGACAAAGCCCAAAGCCAGGAAUCAGUGCAGGAGGGAGCAGGGAGGGGCUGUAAUGCUGAGCGGGAGGGGAGUGGUGGUGAGAGCCAGAAGAGAUCCCCAGAAGAGGCUGAUGCUCCCAUGAACUCUGUCCUGUCUGGCCACAGAAGUCCUCCCCUGCAAAACCCAGUGUGUGAGGAGACAAGCAGUGAGGUGCCCUUUGGCCACACCAGCAUUCAGGGGGGUUCUUCCCCUCAUACCAGCUCAGAGCAGCUGUCCUGUCACCCCAUUCCUCUAAAGACACGCAGACGGCUGAAACCUGCGGUGGGGAGGAAACGUCGCUGCCUCAGACGGAGCAGGGGACACUAUGCUGACCCAGAAGAUCUGUAUGAUUUUGUUUUUACUGUUGCUAGAGAGAAUAAUUCAGGGUUACUGGACAAAACCACAGAGGGAGAGAACACUGAGAACUGUAUUAGUUCCUCCCCAGGAUCUCCAUGCACUGGCCAUGCUGGCUGUAAGAAAAGAGGAGGACCUGCUGGAAUCCUUUCUCUGAAAGCUGCUCACCAUUUCCGAAGUGUCUCCACGCUGGAAUUGUUCUCCAUUCCUUUGACUGGGGAGACAUGUCGGACUCUGAGUAACCUGCUGAGUUCCUGGGUGUCUUUAGAAAACCUGAUUCUGUCCUACAAUGGCCUGAAUGCCAACAUCUCCUGCAUCCUCUCUGGGCUCCGGGCCCUGGCCCACCACCCAGAGUGCCGUUUCCGUGUGCUCCGCGUGAGCGACGUGUUCUCCCACGUGCCCUGCAUGGAGCUCGUUCGCUGCAUCCUGAGCGCCCUUCCCCAGCUCCACACGCUCUCGCUCAGCUUCGACCUCAAAAACCAGCUGGAGGGCAGCAGGCCAGAGGUGAAUCCAAAUUGCAGCAAAGCAGAAAUUCCAGAAAGCUGCCUGGAGGUGCUGGAGAUCCGAUUCCCCAGGGAACCUCUGCACACUGCGUUCCUGCUGCCAGUGCUCAAGGCAUCCAAGUCCCUCCAGCAGCUGUCCUUUGACAGUGCCACACUGCCCUGCCCCCAGGAGCUUGGGCUCCUUCUGGAGGUGCUCAGAGAGUGUACUCCAGAUUUGAAGAAGCUGAGCUUUCAUGAUGUGAACCUGGCUGAGCACCAGAAAGAAGUUCUGCUUCUGCUUCAGGAUCCUGGCCUACAGGAAAUUACAUUUUCCUUCUGCCGGCUGUUUGAAAGCUCUACUGCUGAGUUUUUGUCAGAAAUAAUCAAUACAGUGAAAAGAAAUUCAUCACUGAAGAGCCUCAAACUACCUGGGAACCGCCUUGGGAAUCACAGGCUGGUUGCCCUUGCAGACAUUUUCUCUGAAGAUUCCUCCUCUUCUCUCUGCCAUCUGGAUGUCAGCUCAAAUUGCAUCAAACCUGAUGGGCUCCUGGAGUUCACAAAGAAGCUGGAAGGCCACAUCCAGCAGAGAGGGGGACAGCUUCCAUUCACACACCUCCGCCUCUUCCAAAAUUGGCUGGACCAGGAUGCAGAAACUGCGCAAGAGGCGCUGCGGCGUCUCAAAGCCAUGUGCAGCGUGGUCAAUGAUGCUUGGGACUCCUCCCAGGCCUUUGCUGACUACAUCAGUGUCAUGUGA